GAUUAUUUUUAUCAUAUUAAUAUAUUAUUCAUAUUAGUUAUUCGUACAUAAGAAUUAAAUAAUAAAUUAUAUUUAUUUAUAUGAUAUAGCUGAAUAAUAUAAUUCAAUGUUCAUACGUCGGAACAACAUGUUCGGCGGAACAAUCACUUUCCCUAGAUCGUAUAUUCGCUGGUAGGCGCCAGGCGGUAGCUUUAACUUCGAGCAGUCGUGAAGUGCCUCGAAUACACGUAUGACACGGUGACUCUACAAUAGUAUGUGAUAAUGGUUCUUAUUCACUGAAAGUGGGUUUUGCGGGUGAACAUUUACCUCGAUUAUUAAUUCCAACUAAGCAUGGAAAGCAACGGAAAGAAGUAAGCAAUCAUUUUUCUUGCCAUGCUGGGAACUUCGCAGAGACCCAUUUAUGGUGGUCAGUUCGCCAAAGACAACCAAGGUGUUUUGAAUAUCAGUGAUCCAAUAAAAAAUUGCAUCAUUACUGAUUGGGAUGCUAUGGAAGACGUUUGGUUUCAUAUGUACUACGAACAACUGUUGAUACCACCAGAAAAUUAUGCGAUUUUACACACAGAGCCAACUCACAAUUCAAUUCCAUGUCGUGAUAAGCUUUUCGAGAUCAUGUUCGAAGUGUUUAACGUGCCCAAAGUGUUGUUGAUGAACAAAUCGACACUUUCUCUGUAUAGUUGCGGCAAGACCACUGGCCUUGUGGUCGAUUCUGGGUACGAAAGUACACAAGUCAUUCCCAUUUACGAAGGAUAUCCAAUUUCACACGCUAUGCGAAAUAUGCCAGUUGGUGGAUGGCACUUAACUCAGUUUCUUAAGCAAAUGAUUAAUAGUCGAGGUUAUAGCUUGACCACGACGAGAGACUGGGAAAGAAUUAAACACAUGAAACAAACAUUUUGCUAUUGUGCUAUAGACUUUCAAAAAGAAUUAUCAAUGUUUGGCAAAGACAAGGAACAGAGAUACACACUGCCAGAUGGAAUGAUAGUCAACAUCAAUAAUGAAGCCAUCCGAUGCUCCGAAGCGAUGUUUGAUCCCACUAUGUUGAGUCUCGACAAGCCUGUCAAGGAUGGCAUUCACAGUUUGGUACAAGGAUCGAUCGGCAAUUGCAAUGUUAACGAACGAAACGAUCUAUACGAUAAUAUCUUCUUGGCUGGUGGUAACACACUGUUCUCGGGGUUUCCCGAACGAUUGAAGUCGAUGAUCGACGAAGGGUUGCCUGGCACAGAGGUCAGGAUCACUGCGCCGCUCGAUCGAGAGUAUUCCACGUGGAUUGGUGGCUCUGUACUCGCCUCGUCAUCAUACUUUCAGCGGGUGUGCAUCGAUAGUGCAGAGUACGGUGAAAAGGGAGCAGCAGCGAUACAAUACAAGAACAUACGAAACAUACAAGAAUGAUUGACGCUUUUUAAAUUUCAAUAUUAUCAAUUAUGAUGUAUCAGCCUGUGGAAUCUGCGCGUAAAAUAUGAUACAAUUGGCGUAUCCGAAGUCCAUCAACAGACCAGUCAUGGUCAGACAACAAUGAAAAUGUAUAAAAAUGGUUAUGACGUAAUUUAGUUCUUGUCUUUAAUGUUUACACAUUUUUUUUGAUAAUUUUUUUAGCAAACAAAUGUGUUUUAUUUACAUUAUUGUUAUUUGAUCUUUAAUAAAACACAUUUUUUUGAUAAAAUA